AGCUCCGCGUAGUCGGAGGUAUUUCCGCUUCAGGAGGUUGCGAUUGCGGCCUUCGGUUCUCUCUGGGAGGCUACAGGGUCCUCUGAUUCAUGGAUCUGGUCACAUUCUUCUCGGAGUGCCCAGCGCGGGGUCGGCAGAGAGGAGUUGUUCAAAGCAGCAGAGAGACAAGAUCUAGAAGACUGGCUUCUUUGUGAGAGCUGGAUUCAGGUUCCGCCCCUGCCCCUUGACCUCACCAAGCCUUGGCUUCCUCAUCUGUUACGUGGGAACAACAGUCAUCAUCAUCAUCAUUUAUUGAGAACUUGGUAAAAUGCCAGUUGAGGAGAGGCACGGAGGUGGAGGUGAUCAGACUGGAGUCACACGGCUAGUACACCCCUAGCUUCUUCACAGGUAUGUGGGAGGUACCUUAGUGGAACAAUGCGUGCCAAGUGCUUCUCAAGGUCCCUAACACGUACUUAGUGCUUAUGUAAUGUUAAACAUUGCCGUUUUUGUUUUUUUCAUCAUUACUAUGAUUAGCUUGUUCAUUUAAGUGGCAUGUUGACUAACUUACUGUUAAAUCACAGGAUUCUAUUCAUUUUUCUUCAUCUCCAUGAUAAUAGUGUUUUUAAGGCCCUGCUGUUAACAAAGUCAAAUUGUCAAGGUCUGGGGCUACCCUGGUGGCGCAGUGGUUGAGAGUCCGCCUGCCAAUGCAGGAGACACGGGUUCGUGCCCCGGUCCAGGAAGAUCCCAUCCGCAGCUGGGCCCGUGAGCCAUGGCCGCUGAGCCUGCGCGUACGGAGGCUGUGCUCCGCAACGGGAGAGGCCACAACAGUGAGAGGCCCGCGUACUGCAAAAAAAAAAAAAAAUUGUCAAGGUCUUACAUCUUUGAAAAAGCUGUCAUCCACAAUAUCAGAUUCAUAGAGAAAGUAGAAUAGUGGUUACUCGGGACCGAGAGGAAGGGGAAUGGAGAGUUAGUGUUUAAUAGGUACAGAGUUUCAGUUUGGGAUGGUGAAAAAGAUGUGGAGAUGGUUAGUGGUGAUGAUUCACAACAAUAUGAAUGCACCUAACGAACUCUACACCUAAAAAAUGGUUGAAAUGGAAAAUUUUAUGUGAUGUGUAUUUUACACAGGAAAAAAAAAUCAAUGUAAUCUUAAAUAUUACUGCAAAGGCAUCAAAUUAAAUAUGAAAAACCAAGAGAGAAUAACAGAUAUUGCAGAGGUUAAAUGUGAUUUUCAUACAACAAAGCAACAGCCUUUUAAGGCUCCAUUAAAGCUAUUGGUGAGGACAGGUUUUAUGUUGCUGAAUAUUACCUGCUUUCUGCUGCUACUGAGAAAUAAGGUGCCCUGAAAGUGUUCUUUGAACUUUCUGCCUACUUAUUUAAUUCUUACAACAAUCCUAUGAGAUAGCCGUUGAUAAUCCCUCUAUUUUUACAGAUGGAAGAAUUGAAGCACAGAGAUACUAAUAAUUUGUAUAAGAUUUCACAGCUAAUAUGUCACAGUUUCAUGAACCUAGACAUUUGGCCCCAGAAAUUACUCUCUUAACCUGGGUGCUUUACUCUCAAUUUCCGCCCUUCCCAGAAUCAGAAUCAUACCCUGAGAGCUACACGAACUUGUAUGAGGGCCUGUGUGUGGUUGGGUGGCUCGUUCACUGCCCAGGGGCUCUUGGCUGAAGGGGUGAGUAGCAUCUGGAGUCCAGCCCAGGCUUUGCUCAUCAGGCCGCCCUGAGGAAGCGGCACUGUUGCUGCUUCACAGUAAGCAGCCAUAUGGGUCAGUGACACCCUUGGCCAGACUCUGACGGCUUUUUUCUCCUUCCCCCAUUGUGCCUGCCCAAGACUCAGCACUUCCCCAGAAGGAGGAGGACAGAAUGACCAAGCUCAAGGAGGCGGUGACCUUCAAGGACGUGGCCGUGGUCUUCACGGAGGAGGAGCUGGGGCUGCUGGACUCUGCCCAGAAGAAGCUGCACCAGGAAGUGAUGCUGGAGAACUUCCAGAACCUGGUCUCAGUGGGUGAGGAAGGGCACUCUGGGACUGAACAUCGCAUCAGCCCCUGUGGGCAUCAAUCAUUCACACCAGAUGUAAUAUCCCAGUUAAAGAGAGAAGAAAAGCUUUGGAUGAUAAAGAUAGCAACCCAGAGCCGUCACUCCUUGGGAGACAAGAAUCUAAAUGGCAUGGAGACUCUUCGGGAAGUUGGAUUAAGGUAUCUGCCACAUGAAGAGCUUUUCUGCUCACAAAUAUGGCAACAGGUUACAAAGGAAUUAACCAGGUGUCAAGAUUCCAUGGGAAAUAUUCAAGGAACUGGCUCUCAGAUGGAAAAACAAGGUGGCACACUCAGUAAAGAUGAGGAGUUUGGUAAAGACUUCAAUCAGACUUCACAUCUUCAAGUUCACCACAGAGACCACGCUGGAGAAAAACCCUACAAAGGGCUGGAGUGUGAGAAAGGUUUCAUACGGGACUCUCACCUUCAAAUGAACCAGACAGCCCACGUAGGAGAGAAGCCCUACAAGUGUGAAAAAUGUGAAAACGCCUUCCGUCGGCUUUCAAGUCUUCAAGCCCAUCAGAGAGUCCACAGUAGAACAAGAUUGAACAAAUAUGAUAUGUCGUGUAAGAGUUUCAGUCAGAGGUCAUAUCUUCGUCAUCAUCAGAGGGUCCCCACUGGAGAGGAUCCACACAGAUUUGAGGAGUGUGGGAGGAACGUCAGGAAAAGCUCACAUUGUCAAGCUCCUCCCAUAGCCCACACAUUGGAGAAACCCUAUAAAUGUGAGGAGUGUGGACUGGGCUUCAGUCAGCGCUCCUAUCUUCACAUCCAUCAGAGAGCCCACACAGGAAAGAAACCUUAUAAAUGUGAAGAGUGUGGGAAGGGCUUCAGUUGGCGUUCGCGCCUACAGGCUCAUCAGCGAAUCCACACUGGGGAGAAACCCUACAAAUGUGAGGCAUGUGGCAAGGGCUUUAGUUACAGCUCACACCUGAACAUCCACUGUAGAAUCCACACAGGCGAGAAACCCUUUAAGUGUGAGGAGUGUGGGAAAGGCUUCAGUGUGGGUUCCCACCUCCAAGCCCAUCAGAUAAGCCACACGGGAGAGAAACCAUACAAAUGUGAGGAGUGUGGCAAGGGCUUCUGUCGGGCCUCAAACCUUCUGGACCAUCAGAGAGGCCAUAGUGGUGAGAAACCAUAUCAGUGCGAUGCAUGUGGAAAGGGCUUUAGUCGUAGCUCAGAUUUUAACAUUCAUUUUAGAGUCCAUACAGGAGAAAAACCCUAUAAGUGUGAGGAGUGUGGGAAAGGUUUCAGCCAGGCCUCAAAUCUUCUGGCCCAUCAAAGAGGCCACACUGGAGAAAAACCAUACAAAUGUGGUACAUGUGGGAAGGGCUUCAGCCGGAGUUCAGAUCUUAACGUUCAUUGUCGAAUCCACACAGGAGAGAAACCCUAUAAAUGUGAGAAGUGCGGGAAGGCCUUCAGUCAGUUCUCAAGCCUUCAAGUGCAUCAAAGAGUCCAUACCGGAGAGAAACCAUACCAGUGUGCAGAGUGUGGGAAAGGCUUCAGUGUGGGCUCACAGCUUCAGGCCCAUCAGAGGUGUCACACUGGAGAGAAACCCUACCAGUGUGAGGAGUGUGGGAAGGGCUUCUGUCGGGCCUCAAAUUUUCUGGCUCACCGUGGAGUCCACACAGGAGAGAAACCAUACCGAUGCGAUGUGUGCAGUAAGCGCUUCAGACAGAGAUCAUACCUUCAAGCCCACCAGAGGGUCCACACUGGAGAGAAACCAUAUAAGUGUGAGGAAUGUGGUAAGGUCUUCAGUUGGAGCUCAUACCUUCAAGCCCAUCAGAGAGUCCACACAGGGGAAAAACCAUACAAAUGUGAGGAGUGUGGGAAAGGCUUCAGUUGGAGCUCAAGUCUUAUAAUUCAUCAGCGAGUCCAUGCUGGGGAUGAGGAGAAGCCAUACAAAUGUGAUGAGUGUGGGAAGUGUUUCACUUGUAGCUCAAAUCUUCAUAUCCAUCAGAGGGUCCACACAGGAGAGAAACCUUAUAAAUGUGAGGAGUGCGGUAAGUGCUUCAUUCAGCCUUCACAAUUUCAGGCCCAUCGGAGAAUCCACACGGGAGAGAAACCGUAUGUCUGUAAAGAGUGUGGGCAGGGCUUCAAUCAGAGUUCACGACUUCAGAUCCACCAGCUGAUCCAUACUGGUGAGAAACCAUACAAAUGUGAAGAGUGUGGGAAGGGAUUUAGUCGUAGAGCAGAUCUUAAAAUUCACUGCAGAAUCCACACCGGAGAGAAACCAUAUAAUUGUGAGGAAUGUGGGAAGGUUUUUAGUCAGGCAUCUCAUCUUCUGACCCAUCAGAGAGUCCACAGUGGAGAAAAACCAUUCAAAUGUGAAGAGUGUGGGAAGAGCUUCAGUCGGAGUUCACACCUUCAAGCCCAUCAAAAAGUCCACACUGGAGAAAAGCCAUACAAAUGUGAGGAGUGUGGGAAGGGCUUCAAGUGGAGCCUGAACCUCGACAUGCAUCAGAGGGUCCACACAGGAGAGAAACCAUAUAAGUGUGGGGAGUGUGGGAAGCACUUCAGUCAGGCCUCAAGUCUUCAGCUUCAUCAGAGUGUCCACACUGGAGAGAAGCCGUACAGGUGUGAUGUGUGUGGUAAAGUCUUUAGUCGGUCUUCACAGCUUCAGUAUCACAGGCGAGUUCAUACAGGGGAGAAACCUUACCAGUGUGAGACGUGUGGUAAAAGCUUCAGUUGGCGCUCCAAUCUUGUAAGUCAUCACAAAAUGCAUACUGGGGAUACAUUUUAUGAAAGCAGCGAGAGUGGUAAGAACAUCAAGGAACUGUCAGAGGAAAGAAGUUCUACAAAAUGAUGUUUUCAAAAAAGUGCAACGUGAAUUCUUGCAAGCGUCAGGUCUCAUAGGAGAGAAAGUAUUUUAGGUUAGUUGGUGUUGAAGCAGUAGCUAAACAGAUCCUAGUGUUCACCAGACCACACAGCAGAGAUCCCUUCUGAGUGGUGCAGUAAGGGCUGCAUUCAGAACUUUGACAUUUAUCAGAUGUCACUUAGGAGAUAACACUUAGAAAGGAAAAGAGUUUGGUCUGGCCUUUAAUAAAAGUGUAAGGAUUAGCUAGUCAAAAUUGAUGUCCAUGAGAAUGUGCGUUCCAUGAGGGCAGGGACUUGGCUGCUCAAUCUACACAACCUUAACAUUGACUAGCGCUUUUAGGUGUGCUCAGUACUUGUGUUUUAAAUAAACCAAAAGGGGGAAAUGUAUAAUAUAUGAAAGUUGUAUUCAGAGGAGGAAACCUGCAAAAUAAAAUUAAUUCAGGACGUGA